CGUCUUCGCUUUUUUUUGACUCUCUCAUAACAACCAUGUCAGAGCUAAAGGAGCAACUCCAAAGGUUCUCGUCCAAGGCAGAGGAUAUAGUCGAUGCCAUCGGUCAGCCUCUCAAACCCUACAUUCCUGCAAUGUCUCGAUUCUUGAUCGUUGCCACGUUCUUGGAAGACUCUCUCAGAAUUAUCACUCAAUGGAGCGACCAAGUCUUUUACAUGGAAAAACAUAGGGGCUUCUUCUGGGGUCUUAGCCAUAUAUUUUUGGCAUUGAAUGUCAUUCUGAUGUUGAGCUGCUCUUCCUUGGUUAUCGCUAAGAAGCAUCAGGAAUAUGCUGUGUACGGUCUUUUCGCCGUAGUGAUUCUGCAGGCCUUCGGAUAUGGACUGGUGUUCAAUAUGUCAUUCUUCCUCCGCAACCUCUCUGUGAUAGGCGGUCUUCUCAUGGUGUUGUCCGACUCAUUUAACAAACGAAAGCAAAUGUUUGCUGCCCUCCCACAAAUGUCAGAGACAGAUCGUCGUGAAUACUUCCAACUGGCUGGUCGCAUUCUCCUUAUCUUUUUGUUCAUUGGGUCCGCUUUCCAUGGUGAAUGGUCUUUCGGACGUGUCCUAGUAUCCCUUAUCGGAUUGGCCGCCGCUAUCAUGGUCAUUGUUGGUUUCAAGGCAAAGUGGUCCGCCAUCUUCCUCAUUCUGUUCCUUUCUGUGUUCAACGUUUUGAUCAACAACUUCUGGGCAACCCAACAUAAUCACUUCCAACGUGAUUUCUUGAAGUACGAUUUCUUCCAAACACUAUCAACGGUGGGAGGCUUCUUGCUACUUGUGAACAUUGGCCCAGGUGGUCUUUCCCUAGACGAGAAGAAGAAAGCGUUUUAAUGUCAUUGACGAGCCCAUUUGACUCGAUGAACAACAGUCUCCUAAACAAAACAAAAAAAACUUCCAUCCUUCUCCUGUCAGAGCAUUGUGUUG